ACGCAUUACCUCGUAAGACAAGCUCACAAAGGUCCCGUCACUUGCAUCGCAUUUGCUCCAGACUCGCAAAGGAUUCUCUCCAGGGGUCUCGACGAUUCCUUGAAGAUGUGGUCCCUGAAAGAUAACAAGAAACCUCUUCUCGAAGUUUAUGAUUUGGAAAACGCAUUUGGAAGCACCGAUUGUGGCUUUUCACCGAGGGGAGAGUUGGUGUAUACUGGCACAUCGUCGCCUGGUGAGGAUAUGCCAGGGAAGCUGAUGUUUUUCAAUGCCGAAACGUUUGAGCUAAGCUGCACCAAAAUUGACUGGCAUCCCAAAUUGAAUCAGAUUUUGGUUGGACUUAGCGAUGGCACAAUCAGAAUUUACUACGAUCAGCAGCUGUCAACCCGUGGAGUCAUGACGUGCGUCACGAAGCCAAUCAAAAGAAAUCGUGCCAGCGAGUUUGUUAGAGAAGAGAUGAUCUUGUCACCGCUGACAUUGGAAAUGUUCCAACCUCGUGGUGAAGAAGGAGAAGAGAAAGAAGUGACAGGUUUCCGGCUCAAGAAGUACCUCCGGAUGCGGGAUAAUCAGCAAAGGCCACAGUUCCGAAAGCCAGCCGACGUGCCUAUUGGAAGGAGUGCUAAUGGAAGAGUGGUGGCUAGUGGAGGCAGUUUGCAUUCGUAUGUAGCGCAGCAGAUUGGUACUAUGAAGAAUAAAUCCUUCUUGGAAGACACUGAUGUUAGGACCAGUAUCCUUCGACAUGCUGAAGAGGCAGCGAAACAUCCCAUGUAUGUUGACUUGGCUUACAAGAAGACCCAGCCAAAACCGAUCUUCCAAGAAAAAACCACUGCACCCGAAGAAGAGGAGCCUGAUACAGAAUUACAACCAGUAUUCAAGAUGCCACGGUUGAAUUAA